UAUUGUGUAAUUGUCGAAGCCUCAGCUACAACACCACAGUUUCACCAAGUUAUCAUGAAGUACACGGCUUCUCUUCUAUUUCCCCUUUCCUACCUUGGCUAUGUCACUGCAUCUGUGUACUCAGACAACGCCAAUGCAGCGAUCAAGCUUCUACAGGACAAAUACUAUAACACAGCGACUGGAUUGUGGAAAGGUCCAAACUCAGAUCUUUGGUGGGAAUCCGGAAACAUCGUAGAGACAAUUGCACGCUUUGGUCAAAUCGAUGGAUCAUUCCGGCCCACGGCCUUGAACAUCAUCGCCAACACUUAUUCCAAAGCUGCGAAUCAGCUAGGCGCCACGAAUUGGAAAAACCAUUACUACGACGAUGAAGGAUGGUGGGCACUCGCUUGGAUUGCCAGCUACGAUCUCACCAGAGAUACCAAGUAUCUCAACUCGGCAAAAGAUAUCUUCGAAGAUAUGACUGGAGGUUAUACAACUCCAUGCAAUGGGGGAAUUUGGUGGAACAAAGACAAGGUCAAUGUCAACGCCAUCGCCAACGAACUUUUCAUUUCCGUUGCUGCACAUCUCGCAAACCGUGUCUCCCAAUCCGAAAAACAGAACUACGUCAACUGGGCGCAAAGAACCUGGGAUUGGUUUUCACAAACCGGUAUCAUCAACGGGGAUAAUCUGAUCAACGACGGACUUGUCCUCGCGACCUGCAAAAUCGACGGACAAACCACGUGGUCGUACAACCAAGGCGUUAUUCUCGCCGGUCUUUCCGAACUCGCAAAGGCAAAAGGAGAUGGUGGUUACAUCAACAACGCGAACACCCUCGCUUCGGCUUCCACAACUAAACUCGUUGACAAUGGCAUUCUGACAGAACCCGUCACCGGCUCACUUACCAUUGAAGGCGCUAUGUUCAAAGGCGCUUAUGUCCGCGGCCUCGCUUCUUUCAACAGCAAUGCGCAACAGCAAAAGUACACCGACUUUUUGAAGAAGAACGCAGAUUCUGCUUGGAACAAAGCUAGGAAUUCGGAAGGACUAAUUUCGGAUUAUUGGCAAGGUGGUAGCUCAAGUGUUAGUGUUACCACUCAAGCAUCUGGUAUCGAUGUGUUGGUUGCUGCUGCUGCCGUUGCUGGCUCAAACGGCUCAAACAACAGAGGCAAUUCUCGCGGAAGACAGUUCUAUGCGUAG